ACUUAAAAGAAAAAAUAAAUAAUAUGUCUUCCAUUUAUUUCAACCCAACCGAUUGAAAUUAUAAAACGUAUGCCCACCAGCAAUUCAGCUACGCAUCAAAAUCAAUGGCAUCCAUUUCAAAACGGCUACUCCUCUUCGCGGCGGCGCUACUCGCCACCGCCGAAAUCGCAACCUCCGACCCGAUGUCCGGACUGCGGCGGUGCUGCCGUCCCCUAUCCUCUAAGUACAAGCCCCACUUGUGGUGACCAAUUGUACAAGAUCCGUUGCGACGCAGGCUCACUGAAAUUCGACACGCUAAACAACACGUACCCGAUCAUCUCAAUCAACCCGUUGAUCCAACGGCUGGUGAUCCGCCCCUCAAAUUUCAUCCCCAACACGUGCGUCACAGCGGAUAUCGCCCACGAAGGAGUUCAACUGAACAGCACUUUACCGUUCAACGUGACGAGCGGGAACACGAUCCUCUACUUCAACUGUACGGAUACGCUGCUGCGCUCGCCGUUGAACUGUUCGUCGACGAGUCUGUGCCAUUCGUACAUCAAGGGAUCGAGAGGAGCAGCGACGUGCGAGGUGGCGCCGUUGUGCUGCACGUUUCGAGCGGGUGGGUCGUCGAAUUCGUACAUGAUUCGGGUGAGGGAAUCGGGGUGUAGCGCGUACACGAGCUUUGUGAAUUUGGACCCGAGUUUGGGAGUGGUUCAAUGGCCGAACCCGGGUUUAGAGUUGCAGUGGCUUUUGCCGAGAGAACCGGUUUGUAAUAGGGAGGCUGAUUGUGACGGGAACGCGGUUUGUGGGGUUGAUCCUAACGGGACGGGGUUGAGGCGUUGUGUUUGUAAUUCUGGGUUUGCGUGGGAUCCUGUUGCUGGAAUCUGUUCUCAAAACACGUGUCAUGAUCCUGAUGGGUGUAAUCAUCACCGAACUGUAUUGAUAGCCGGCGUUGUAUCCGGCGUGGGUGCGGCGGCGGUCGUCGCAACAAUAGCCAUGCUAUUGUACAAUCGGCAUAGAAGAGCAAAAGAAGCUCAAGAUCGUUUAACAAAGGAGCGUGAAGCAAUUUUAAAUUCGAGCGGUGGAGGAGGAAGAGCGGCAAAGGUCUUCACCGGGAAAGAGAUCAAGAGGGCCACCCACAACUUCUCCGCGGACCGCCUUCUGGGUGUGGGUGGCUACGGGGAGGUCUACAAAGGCGUUCUCGGGGACGGUACCGACGUGGCCGUGAAGUGUGCGAAGCUCGGAAACGCAAAGGGGACAGACCAAGUCCUGAAUGAGGUCCGAAUCCUGUGCCAAGUUAAUCACCGGAGUCUUGUUCGGCUUCUUGGUUGUUGCGUUGAAUUAGAACAGCCAAUUUUGGUGUACGAGUAUAUCCCUAACGGCACUCUUCUCGACCAUUUACAAGGUAAGAAUGACACAAAGCCUUUAUCAUGGGAGGAACGGCUCCGAAUAGCGGAAGGCACAGCGGAGGGAUUAGCAUAUCUUCAUUUCUCAGCAGUUCCACCCAUCUACCAUCGGGACGUGAAAUCCAGCAACAUCCUAUUAGACCACAAGCUAAUCCCCAAAGUUUCCGAUUUCGGCCUCUCUCGAUUGGCUGAAACAGAUUUAAGCCAUAUCUCGACUUGCGCCCAAGGAACUUUAGGCUACUUAGACCCUGAGUACUAUCGAAACUAUCAAUUGACGGACAAGAGCGAUGUGUAUAGUUUUGGAGUAGUUUUACUUGAAUUGUUGACGUCGGAGAAGGCCAUUGACUUCAAUCGGGAGGCUGACGACGUGAAUUUGGCGGUUUACGUGCAACGGUUGGUGGAGGAAGAGAGAUUGGUGGAUGGGAUUGAUCCGUGGUUGAAGAAAGGAGCGAGUGAGGUGGAGGUUGAUACAAUGAAGGCCUUGGGGUUUCUUGCAGUUGGGUGUUUGGAACAGAGAAGGCAGAAUCGGCCUUCUAUGAAAGAAGUGGUGGAGGAGAUCCAAUACAUCAUUAGCGUUGCCAUUGCUAAGCCUUGAGAAUAUAUAUAUAAACACACACUAGCUUUUGUUAAUUAUGUGUAUCACUUAGUUUGGGAUAUUUAACUUGGUGCAAUAUAAUGUUCUUUUUAGUUGGAAAAAAAAUAUGGUUUAUAUCACUCAUUUUUCCCCAUUACAAUUUAGCAUGUGAUAAAUUGUUUUUUCUCUCUUUUCUCUAAGUGUCUUUUCUUUUCUAUGU